AUGCCAUCCUACGUUGACCCUCAGAGCGAUGCAGACAAAACCCGAGCAACACGAAAAGCGCCAGUAACAUCGCAUGAACAUCCAACAAAUGAGCUGAAAGACUGCUGCCAGCCGUAUCGAAGUUCGACAGGUUCUUCGGAAACCGACCGCGAGGAGACACCACUUGAAGACCUCUGGAAACCUCCCGAACACCGGCCAGAUUACAACCCGUUAACGGCAUGGACGCCUGACUUCUGGCGUGUAGAUGCGAACUCCCGGUACGGGAGAAGGAUCUUUCGGAGUUUCAUCUUCCCGUGCAUAGCCGGACCCUCACCGCUGAAAUCGCGAAGAGAAGCCAUCCCAUGGGCUGAUGAAUUUGUGCAACAGAACUACCGAGUCUAUCGCGGAUUCCCAGAAACGGAGAAGUACCAUGCCGAGACUAACUCAAAAUCCGUCAUAGGGAGGCUCGCUGAUCUCAUCAACGCUUUUUAUUUCCAUGUAUAUCGAAGGUCUUUUCGCAAGAAAGUGACGGAGGGCAAAACCCAGCCAAUCCAAGACCUUCGCGAACAUCUUUACCAAACGCUCAACCUUGAUCGCAAAGGCCUCGUCCACUCAAACUGGACGUCAUACAACUCACUCAAGCCCGGUGGAGACCACUUUGAGACAGCGAUAGCACUGUGGUGCAGCGUGAUGAACAACCCUGGCGAUGGGGAAGCGUAUCGCAUCGAACUCCUGGGCAAGCGAGUCGCAAUCUUUGGAGCGUCCACGUUCGGGAUUCCGGAGAUCCAAACGCUUCGCGACAAUCCAGUGCGAGCGGUCCAACUCCUGCAGGCACACGCCAAGUCUGUCAAUCCAGCCUCUCAUACGUUCUUUGACGUACUGGAAGAGAAGGAGCGGAAGAUCAGAGACUUGGAAUCGCGACUGGGCAGGUACAAGUGCAUUGCCGCAGAUCUGUAUUUCCGUCACAUCUUGGAACAGCUACCGGGCUCAGUCCCCCUGGAUAGCAACAAAAGACACACGGCAAGCGCAACAAAGCAGUGGGGGGAUUUCCUCAAGAAGGCUGUGGAAGGAGCCGACGACGUCCAACACCCGUUGCACCCACUGCUCAGGCUUUUGGAUGACAAGCAGAAGAUAGCCAGAAUGCUUGGGGAGGCCCUUUACCGAUCGUUGAGCAUCAACAUACAUCAUGAGUUCAUCUCUCUCGACUCAAAUACGUCAAGGGACGGCUACGGGCAUAUAAUACCUGAUCUCCGGUACUCAAAACUGGAGCAAGCUCUCUUCAAGGCAAUCCUUCCGUCGGCCGAACAGGCUGGUGCACAACCCGACUGGGAUCUUGAAAGGGACAGGUACAUUACCACUCCAAUUCAAGGCCAAAAUUGGCGAGAUACAGCUGGUAAAUGGAAUGAGGAUUUCUACGUAGCAUGA